GGUUAGUGUCUUCUAUAUUGGAGUUAAAUUAGGUAUACCCAGGUGGGUCGGGUAUCCGGGUUGUGAUUGUGUCUAUCUGAGUAAACUUGGAUGGGUAGACCUAGUAUUGCCACCAAAAUCAUAUAUGUAA